AUGAAUGGCUCACUAGCGUGGACAUCGCCUUUGAUGUUAGCUUCUAAAUACGGCCAUGUUGAGACUGCCAACAUUCUUCUAGAACACGGGGCAUCUGUUUCACUGGAGUUUGCUACCUACGACAAUGUGCACGAAUGGGAAAGCCACUUGAAGAUGAACCGUUACUUAAAAUCGCCAGAACGGGAGACCAUGCUUGACUUUUUUUUGAAAUACGGGGAUGAUAUCAACCUCGAGAAUCGGGCGGGUGAAACUCUGAUAUUUGAAUUUAUCGAGGAUCAACUCUAUGAUUCGGUUGAUUUGGUUCGUGAACUUUGCAAACAUGGCGCGAAUGUUAAUCAUCGAGAUGUUGUUGGAAAUACACCAUUAUAUCUCUGUCAUUCAAGUGAGGGUAUGGUCAAUGGACUUCUUGAAAAUGGUGCCGAUGUGGAUGCCCUGAAUAGCGAAGGAUGUACGCCUCUGUUUUAUCGCUAUAUUGUACCUGCCAUAAAACAACUUCUCGCCCAUGGAGCAGAUCCAGAUGUCUGCAACAAUACUGGAGAUAGAUCUUUGACGCAGCUUAUCUCGUAUGGAAGCGAUGACGCCGUGAAAUUAUUGGUAGAUCGUGGAGUCGAGAUCAAUUACCAACGGGAAGAUGGAAUCACUGCUUUGCAUGGUGCGGCGAUGCUCGCUCGCGGAAAUAUCCUGGACCUUCUUUUGGAGCGUGGGGCGUGUCUUGAUAUGAAGGCACAUGAUGGUUCAACGGCCUGGGACUUCGCAAGAAGAAAGGAGUGUCGGGAUAUUCUUACUCGAUGGGCAAGAAAAUAUAACCAAGAAGAUCAGCGGCGGGGUAGAAAUAUCUCGAUGCGGUAG